AUGCACCUUCUUGCCAAGCCUCAGUCUACAGGAUCUGGGGAGGCUGCACCGAAAGCCCUGCCUGGUCUCCCUAGCCCACUUUCGCUUCCUCUGGGGUCUCUCUCCGUUGUGGCCCCCUCUUUACUCUCGCACAUGAAGAUGCACUUGCAACGGGCUCUGGUGGUCCUCUGCCUGCUGAGCUUUGCCACCGUCAGCCUCUCGCUCUCCUCUUGCACCACCCUAGACCUUGAUCACAUCAAGAAGAAGAGGGUGGAGGCCAUUAGGGGACAGAUCCUGAGCAAAUUGAGGCUCACGAGCCCUCCCGAGAUGGUGGGACCAGCUCAUGUGCCCUACCAGAUCCUGGCCCUGUAUAACAGCACCCGGGAGCUGCUGGAGGAGAUGGAGGAGGAGAAGGAGGAGAGCUGCGCCCAGGACAGUCUCGAGUCUGCAUACUACGCCAAGGAGAUCCACAAAUUUGACAUGAUCCAGGGUCUCCCCGAGCACAAUGAGUUGGGCAUCUGCCCCAAGAGCAUCACCUCCAACGUGUUCCGCUUCAACGUGUCCUCAGCAGAGAAGAACAGCACCAGUCUGUUCCGGGCUGAGUUCCGGGUGCUGCGAGUGCCCAACCCGAGCUCCAAACGCAGCGAGCAGCGCAUCGAGCUCUUCCAGAUCCUCCGGCCUGACGAACACAUAGCAAAGCAGCGGUAUCUCAGUGGCAGGAAUGUGCAAACAAGGGGCUCCGCAGAGUGGCUGUCCUUCGAUGUCACUGAGACUGUGCGUGAGUGGCUCCUGCGCAGAGAGUCCAACCUUGGUCUGGAGAUCAGCAUCCAUUGUCCAUGUCACACCUUUCAGCCCAAUGGGGACAUCUUGGAAAACUUUAACGAGGUGCUGGAGGUCAAGUUCAAAGGCAUCGACAGUGAGGAUGACCAUGGGCGUGGGGACUUGGGGCGGCUGAAGAAGCAGAAGGGCCUUCACAACCCCCACCUGAUUUUGAUGAUGUUACCCCCACAUCGGCUUGAGAGUCCAGCUCUGGGAGGCUACAGGAAGAAACGAGCUCUAGACACCAAUUACUGCUUCCGGAACAUGGAGGAGAACUGCUGUGUGCGUCCUCUCUACAUCGACUUCCGACAGGACCUGGGUUGGAAAUGGGUUCAUGAGCCCAAGGGCUACUUCGCCAACUUCUGCUCAGGCCCUUGCCCAUACCUCCGCAGCGCAGACACAACCCACAGCACGGUGCUGGGCCUGUAUUACACGCUGAAUCCAGAGGCGUCUGCCUCGCCCUGCUGUGUCCCCCAGGACCUGGAGCCCCUCACCAUCCUGUACUAUGUUGGGAGGACCCCCAAAGUGGAGCAGCUCUCCAACAUGGUGGUGAAAUCCUGCAAGUGCAGCUGA